AAGGUCAAAAAUAAAAGCCAACCGGUUCGAUAGAAUAUAGAAUCAGUCUGAAAUAAACACAACAACCGCAUUUUGGUUUAAAAACGAAAAAAUGGGAUCUAUGCUUGCUGUUCCCUGUACUUCACAAUCUAGAUUGGAUGGAAAAACGGCCGUGAUAACAGGAGCAAACACAGGAAUUGGAAAAAUAACGGCCAAAGAUUUUUAUAAACGAGGAGCCUACGUAAUCAUCGCAUGCAGAAACUUAGACAAAGCAAAUGAAGCUAUCCAGGAAAUAAAACAAGACUGUCAAGGUCAAGAAAAUUUGGGGCAGCUAAAAUCCGUCAAACUUGAUGUUUCAAGUCUAAAGUCUGUAAGAGAAUGUGCUGAAGAACUGAACAAAACCGAACAUAAAAUAAACCUUCUUGUGAACAAUGCAGGAGUAAUGGCAGUACCCUUUAGCAAAACAGUCGAUGGCUUCGAACUUACUUUUGGUACCAAUCAUCUUGGUCCCUAUUUGCUGACGUUGCUGUUGUUGCCUAAGAUUAUACAAAGCGGACCAGGUGCUAGGAUUGUUAAUGUUUCUUCUUCAGUGCACUCAAUGACUUGUUCUGGGCCAGAUUUCGAAGAUUUGAACUUUGAAAAAAGAAAAUUUAAUACUAACCAGGCUUAUGUAUACAGCAAAUUGGCAAAUAUUUUCUUUACCAGAGAGCUGCAUCGAAGACUCAGAGAUCAUGGUAUCGAUGGAGUAAAUGUUUAUUCCCUCCAUCCCGGUGCAAUCAAAACUGAUUUAAGUAGAAGCAUGAACGAAUCGUUGUUUCCAGGAGCUCGAUUCAUUUUGAAGGACCUAGGGGGAAUCUUCAUGAAGACGCCAGAGCAAGGUGCCCAGACCCAGAUUCAUUGCUCAGUCGAUGAAAAAUGUGCUGACCAGAGUGGAUUAUACUACAGUGAAUGCAAACCUGUUGAGCCCUCGAAGGUUGCUUUGAACGACGAUAUGGCAGCGAAGAUGUGGAAUGUGAGUUGGAAAUUGGUCGGAUUAGACGAGAAUUAUGAUCCAUUUAGAACAAGUAGUAACUAGUCGUAUUUUAAGAUAAUGUAGAAAUAUGUGGAUUCGGUGAUAACAUCGUUAUAAAGUAUAGAGAUUACAUAUUUAGUUUGUGAUAUGUAUUUUUGUAACAUAUAGUAUAGUGGGUUAAAAAUUUAACUAGGUUUAUAUUUUGCAGCCAUUGUUUGUAUAUAGAAUAAAUAAUUUUUAAUUAUA